AGCUCAUUGGUUGAUAGCUAGAAUUCUUCUCUCCGAUUGGUUCGAGCUUCUGUCAAUUACUAUCAAGGCCCGCCCUUUUAAACAAGAGUAUUUCCGGGUAACGGGGGAAUUAAAGGAAGUGGCCGAUAAUUAAACAAGCUGUUUUUUAAAUCCUACGCUUAUGUCGAUUAGACAUACGGUGCAGUAAAUAUGGCUCAAAAGUCACGAUUUUUAUACGUUUUAUGACAUCAAGCACAUAAUUAUUUACGAAUAAGCCGCUGGGUGAGCUGGUGCGCAUGCGCAGUGUGAACAGCUUGACAGUAGUAGCUAGCGCUCACCAUGAUACACACAGCGCCGCCGCGACGCUUUUUAUAAACUCGGAGUGGUUUUUGUUUUGUUUUCUUUUAUUUUUUUUGGCUGUUCUGGUGUCAGUACAGCUUUAUAUACAGCCUGGGGAUUAUUAUAACACCGAAUGGUGCGCGCGUGGGACAGCUAAUUAGUUGUAAGUCCUGGUGAAUUUGGUGUAUGAUUGCUAGGUUGCUAGCGGUGUGUUUAUUACCACGGCUUGUUUUUACCUCGCGAGCGCAUAAUAGAAAACGCCACCGCUGCUUUGUUUAUUUGUGUUAUUCGGCCCACGUUGUAGCUUAAUGUCUUCAACUGCGAUAUUAUAAACGUAGUUUAUAAGAGUAAAAACGGCUGAAAGCUAAAAUGAAAAGAUAGGUUUUGUUUUUGUUUAAUUUUGCUAGCUGGUUGCUAGCCGCUAGCUUGGAGGCUAUUGAGGUACAGAUAAGCGGACCUAGCAUGCUAGUCACAGUGAUAACAAUGAGUAGAUGCGGGGGGUGUGUAAUAUAAUUUAAGAUAAACGUAGUGUUUUAUGUUAAACAUGAAGAUGUUCGUAUGAUUGUUUUACUCUGUAUAUGUUGCAUGUGGAAUUAAUGAAUAAUAAUCUACAUGGAAUAAACGAUACUCUAGAUCUGUGCUGCAUAUGGAUAAUUAUUGUGUGUAUUAUAGAGUAAUGUAAUUGUUUGUUUGUCUCGUUUUGUUUUUAAGGGUGCCAUUAUUAUUGUUAUUUUUAAUCAACACUGUGUCCGUGCCACGCGAUGCACCAUGGAGGAGGUCCACCAAGUGCACAACGAAAUGCUCAGAGAUCCAAAUCCUUCACGAGCUCGGAAGCAGACGAACAGCAACCGAUCACAGUCACGCAGCAACAAGCCGUGGCUCAUCCGCAGUCGCCGGUGACGACGUUCACCACGGCGGCGAGCCCCGUGGUCUCGGCUCCUCAGUCCCCUAACUACCAGAUCAUCGUGAGUCGAAGCCCCGUGGCUGGCCAGAACAUGAACAUCACCUUACAGAACGUGGGGCCCAUGGUCUCCGCGAACCAGCAGAUCACGCUGACGCAGCUGCCCCUGCAAAAUCCGGCUUCUCAGCACCAACCUCCUCAGCGGAGGUUCGACCACAGCUCGUCUCCGUACCUCCAAGUGGCUUCGCCCCAUCCUGCGCCUAUUCAGCCUCAGAGUCCGACACAGCACAGCCCCGGCCCACUGCAGGCCGUGACCAGGCAGGGUGCCGCUCUUGGGGUGUGCGCGCAAAGCCCUACGCGUUUCGUCGAAGCUGGAAUCGUGUUGCGUCAGAUUAACCUCAGUAGUCCUCCCGGAAGCGGACACUUCGUGUACCAGGAUAACACAGGCUUGGCUCAGCUGGCUCCGACGACGGUCGGUACGGUGCAGCUGGCGUCUCCUGCCGGGACGCCGGCGUCCGUGAGGGAGAGACGCCUCUCUCAGCCGCACUCUCAGACCGGCGGCACCAUCCAUCACCUGGGCCCGCAGAGUCCCGUGGCGUCCGGAGCCGCUCUUCCGGCCUUAGCCAGCCCCGGUCACAUCACCACGUCCAACCUCCCUCCUCAGAUCAGCAGCAUCAUCCAGGGGCAGCUUCGGCCCGUCGUCGCAGGGGUCGCGGCGUCCGGAAUGACUUCCUUCGGCGCCGUCCCUCCUUCCAGUCCUUCUCGGAGUACCGCGAACCCCCCGCCGACUCCCAAAAAGGUCCAGCCCAAGAAGCUGGAGGAGAUAGCACCCCCUAACGCCGAGGUGGCUCAGCUGAGGAAGCAGUGUUUGGAGCAUCACACCAAGAAGAUGGACGGCCUGAAGGACGUGUUCAAGGACUACCUGAUCGAACUCUUCUUUCUGCAGCACCUGCAAGGCAACAUGAUGGACUACCUGGCCUUCAAGAAGAAGCCGUGCGUGCCGCUCUUCACCUACCUGAGGCAGAACGAUCUCGACCUCGAGGACGAGGAGGAAGAAGAAGAACAAUCCGAGGUCAUCAACGACGAGGGCCACUGUGCGAGCGUUGUAUGUACGUCUGUUUCUAUGACAACCACUCAGGUGAAAGUAGUGACAGGAAAGGACGGUCAGACGGUGACGCCCGUCGCCAUAUCCACCCAGCUCCCGCCGAACGUCUCGGCGGCGUUUUCCACGCAGCCGCAGUUUCAGGCUCAUCCUGGUGCUCCAGGUUCCAAUCCCGUGGACAUGGAGGCCUUCAAACGGCAGCAGGCUUUGGCUCAAGCAGGUGGCAUGCCCCCCACCCCACAAGCAGUCCAGAUAGGGGGGCAGAACCAGAACCAGCAGCAGUACGACCCAUCCAAAGGCCCUCCGGUGCAGAACGCCGCCAGCCUCCACACCCCUCCACCCCAGCUGCCAGGCCGGCUUCCCCAGGCCACGCUGCCCAUGGCUGCUUUGCCUCUAGCUCUGUCUCAGGCUCAGCCCGUGGUGUUGGAGCAGCAGCAGUGCCAGGUGUCAGCCGGGCAGCUCCAGGCCCAGGUGAAGCUGCAGGGGGCAGGGGCUGUGCUGGCUGCAGUGAACCCACACCCACAGCUGCAGAUGCAGCUCCAAAUACAACAGCAAACGCAGCCGGUCAUGCAGCCAGGACAGGCCACCGUCGCGCUCGUCCGGCCCGGAGCGGAGACGUCCCAGCCCGCUCAGCGUCUGAUGUCCAACCCCCUGUCCUCCUCCGUCAUGUCCGCCGCACCUUUAUCCUCCUCCCUGCCCUCCCCUCUCCCGUCCACCCCGGUCCGGACCCCUGCGCCUCACACGCUCUCCCCCGCCUCGCACUCCAAACUCACGGCCUCCAACGGCACUUCGGCGCUGAAGCUCUCCACGCUGAGCCAGGGCUCGGUUCCUAACAGCGGCGCCCAGGAGAGCUCCCAGGACAAGCAGGCAGAGCAGGCUAAACUGGAGAGCCAAGUGCAUCAACGCGUUGCUGAGCUGAGGAAGGAGGGACAGUGGUCCGCUAGCCGGCUGCCUAAACUGCAGGAAGCCAGCCGGCCCAAAUCUCAUUGGGACUACCUGCUGGAGGAGAUGCAGUGGAUGGCUGCCGAUUUUGCCCAGGAGAGACGCUGGAAAAUGGCCGCCGCCAAAAAGCUGGUGCGCACCUGUGCCCGCUACCACGUCGAGGUGAGGAAGGCCGAGGAGAGGAAGAAGAUGGAGGAGGAGCUGAGGUUGAGAAACAUAGCCAGCGUCAUCGCACGUGAGGUGGACUACUUCUGGUCCAACAUCGAGCAGGUUGUGGAAAUCAAACUGCAUUUGGAGAUCUUGGGCAAAAGACAGAAAGUGCUCAGGCUGCAGAAAUCAGGGACCAAAGGACAAAGCAGUAAAUCUUCUCCAGCUUCAGGAAAGAAGGACAGUCGAGUGGAGUCCGGGAGCACCACCCGCAAGAGGAAGACGAGCACGUCCCUUUCUGACCAAGAGGCUGAAGAUGAGGAGAGCACUAUAGAGGAGCAGGAGGCUGUGGAAGUAGCUUCUGAGCAAAAAGAGGAGCUCGCCGAGCUCGCCAAGGAAGCCGAGGUGCCGUUGGAGGCUUUGGUAAAGAAAUACGCCGGUGCGUAUGCCGAGGGAUUCGCGUGGCCACAGCCCGCCUGCCAGAGCGAGGACGAGGAGAGAGAUGAAGUCGAAGACAUGGAUAGCUGUCCGCUGGACAGCCCGCACGAGGCAGUUCUCAUCGACACGCUCCUGAGCGACGAGCAGUACCGCGGACCCGAACGGAGCAACGGUGCCGCCGGAAACGGUGCCGACGGGAAACCCAUGAAGGAUAUCGCAGAAGUGUCCCGGGCGACGGACCUGAUCCUGCCCAAAGGCAGUGCUCGGACUACGCCGACCACUCGUCUUCCCAUGCCGUCCCUCCUUCACGGCUCUCUGAGAGAUUACCAGCUGGUGGGUGUCGAGUGGUUGGCUAACCUGCACCGAAAACACCUCAACGGCAUUCUGGCAGACGAGACCGGACUGGGCAAGACCGUCCAGACUGUGGCCUACCUCGCACACCUGGCCUGUCACGAAGGUAUAUGGGGCCCUCACCUGGUGGUGGUGAGAACCUGCAAGCUGCUAAAUUGGGAAAUGGAGUUCAAGCGCUGGUGCCCGGGCCUCAAAAUCCUCUCGUACUUGGGUGGCAAGCGAGAGCGCAGAUACAAACGAUCGUGGUGGUCCGAGCCCAACGGCUUCCACGUGUGCCUUACGUCGUACAAGCUGCUCCUGAAAGACCAGGCUCACUUCCUGAAGAGGCGCUGGAGGCACCUGGUGCUGGACGAAGUGCAGCUGAUCAAGAACAUGACCGAGAAACACUGGGAAACCGUCUUCACACUCAGGAGCCAGCAGAGGAUCUUGCUGAUCAACAGCCCUCUACAGAACACUCUGAGAGAGCUGUGGACCAUGAUCCACUUCCUCCUGCCUGGGAUCACUCGCUCGUACCUGGACUUCCCCAUCAAACCCGGCGCAGACCAGAACCAGGACUACUGCCACAAACUGCUCAUCAGACUACACAGGAUGAUUCAGCCCUUCAUCCUGCGUCGCUCCAAGAGGGACGUGGAGAAGCAGCUGCCUAAGAAGUACGAGCACAUCCUGAAGUGCCGGCUCUCCUCCAGACAGAAGAGCAUGUACGAGGACAUCCUCACGCAGCCCAGCGCUCAGGAGGCUCUUAAGACGGGACACUUUGUAAGCGUGCUGCAGGUUCUAAUGCAGCUGCAGAGGAUCUGUAAUCACCCAGAUUUGAUCCAGAUCAGAGAGACUGCCAGCUCAUACACAUGCCAAAGCCUGCAGUAUAACACGCCAUCUUUACUGCUCACAGCUCUGCAGAAGGACCAGUGGAAGACCGUGGACUUGUCCCUUUUCGACCUGAUCAAUAAUGAAGGCAGACUGACCCGCUUCGAGACGACCAAGGUCCUUCCCAAACUCAGACUGAGUCAGCAGCUCAUCGAGGAGAUCCACAGCGCACCCGACCCACCACCCAGACCCAAACCCUGCAAGAUCAAGCCCAUGAGGUUGUUCCAGCCAGUGCAGUACGGGACGAAACCGGAGGGGCGUCUCGUGCCCCUGGUCAACACUGCGCAAGGCCAGCGCUCCACUGCUACCACCACUGCUACCCCCACCACCACUUCUACCCCUACUGCUGUCGCUCAGAACACCCAGGCCAGGGGCAAAUCACCUGUUACUACCACCUCGUCCACUCAGGCCAGCAGCACACCGGGACUUGCUGUUGCAGCUGCCCCCUCUACUGCCACUUCUACCCAUGUGGCUUUAGGUGUAGCAGGGGUGGGUGCUGUAGCCCCCAGACCUGCUGUCACCCCUCAGCCUCUAUCCACCCACCCCCUGCUGCCCCAGAGGCUACUCCUCAGCUCCCAGGCCCAGGCUCGCUUGCCUAGUGGAGAUGUGGUGAAAGUGGCUCAGUUGGCGUCGAUAACGGGCGCCCAGAGUCGGAUCGCGCAGACCGAGACCCCGGUCACGCUGCAGUUCCAGGGCAAUAAGUUCACGUUGUCACCCAGCCAGCUGCGUCAGCUCACCACAGGACAGCCUCUCCAGCUCCAAGGUAACAUCCUGCAGAUCGUAUCGACCCCGGGGCAGCCGAUCCUCAGGCCGCCGAGCUCCUUGGUGAUGCAGCCGAUGCCCCAGCCCGUUCCUGUUCAGAACUCCACGGGCCCUCAGGCGGCCCUCCCUCCGGCCACCCCUGCGCCUCCACAGGCCGGUGUGGCUGCUGGUGCUAUGGGUACGACGUCUACCCCCGCUGACGCCGGAGGCAACGCGAAACCCUCCACCAACGCCGCACCACAAGAGUCGAGCGAGGAGAGGAACAGGCAGCUGAAGGAGCGUCUGAGUCGUCUGUUCGCCGUUAACGAGCGGCGCGUUCAGCGUUCCGUCCUGUACGGGGCCGACCUUCUCGAAGCCUGUUCCGUGACCGGGGGACGCGCUCUUCCCGCUCCUCCUCCUCCUCCUCGUCCUCUCCCUGCUCCCGAGCACUCGCGCUGGUCCUGGGUGGGCAGAGACGCCUGCCUGAAGGCCCAGCAGAACAACAUUUACACGACACACUCGCUUCGAUUGGCUCUUCGCUCCCAUACAGAGAGAUCGCAGGAAGGAGACAGCCUCGUCAAAAGGCUGUCGUGUAUUCUUCCUGCCUCUGUAGCUCCGCCCCCUCAGCUUUACGCAGCCAACCCGCCGCCGCCAUACAGUCUGGAGCAGAAGUUGUUUGUCCGCCACUUGCGGGAAGUCUCCGCCCCCUAUGACCCGGAGAUCCGCGCUCUGGCCCGCCCGGCUACGUUUGAGCUCCCUGAUAAACGGCUGCUGGAAACGGAUUCAGGUAAGCUGGAGGCGUUGUCUAUCCUGCUGCACAAGCUGAAGGCAGAGGGCAGGAGAGUCCUCAUCUUCACUCAGAUGGCCAGCAUGCUGGAUCUCCUGGAGACCUUUCUGGAUCACCGACAUUUUACGUUUGUACGCCUGGACGAGAGCCUCUCCCACCACGAGAGACAGGAUCAGAUCAAGGCGUUCAACCGCAACAGACGGUUCUUCUGUGCCGUCCUGACCAAUCGUUGCUGCUCUGCAGUCGGCCACGUGUUCGACGCGGACACGGUCGUGUUCUACGACACGGAUCUCAACCCCAGCAUGGACGCCCGUACGCAGGAGUGGUGCGACAAAGUCGGACGCUCCAAAGACAUCCACAUAUACAGGCUGGAGAGUGGAAACUCUAUAGAGGAGAAACUACUGAAGAACGGCACCAAGGACCUGAUCAGAGAAGUGGCAGCACAAGGCACGGACUACACACUCGCCUUCCUCACGCAGCGCACCAUCCAGGACCUGUUUGAAGUAGAAGCUGGAUGUGGAGAGAAGGUGGAGGAGUUCGUCGUGCUGCAUCAGGAACCCUCUCCGUCAGAAUCCAUCCCUCCGCACGUCGCCCGGCCGUACAUCCAGGCCCUCAACGCCAUCGCUCUGCAGACGCUUCACCCGGAGCAGGGGCCGGAGAUGAAACAGCUAGAGAAACGAGAGGAGCGAAUGGAGCCGGGGGACGAGGGCGAGGUGACGGGCGAGGCGUCUCAGCUGGAGGAGCUGGCGUCCGUCGUGGAACAGCUAACUCCUAUCGAGAAAUAUGCGCUUCAGUACCUGGAGUACCUUCACGUCAGCGAAGACGAGGCCGUUGUUAAGGAGCGUAUAGAAGCUGCUAAACGAGCCUGGGAGCUGCGGCAGAAGCGAAAGCGCGAAGACGAGGAUCGGGCUACUCUGGAAGACGACGAAGACCUCUUCACCUACACCCGAGAGGACGCGUACAACAUGGAGUACGUGUUCGAGUCGGCAGACGGUCAGACAGAAAUUAUGCCGCUGUGGACGCCACCGACGCCACCUCAGGACGAUAACGACAUCUACAUCGACUCCGUCAUCUGCCUCAUGUAUGACUCCGCCCCCAUGCCAGAGUCCAAGCUGCCCCCGGUGUACGUCCGCAAAGAGCACAAGAGACCCAAGAUGGACCCGUCUGCCUUGGGCCGUAAGAAGAAGAAGGGUCAUGGCGAGGCGGUGAUCCCCCCGCGGUCGCUCUUCGAUAAGGCGAGUAUGUUGAAGGUGCGGCGAGAAGGAAAGGACCAGAAGAAGAACUUCUCUCUGAAGCAGCAGGCUCCGUUCGCCAAGCCGCUGCCCUCGCUGGUCAAACCCACCAUGGAACCGGGACAGGACAAUCCAGAGUGGCUCAUCAGUGAAGACUGGGCUCUGCUGCAGGCAGUGAAACAACUGCUCGAGCUGCCUCUGAACCUGACCAUCGUGUCUCCGGCUCACACGCCAAACUGGGACUUGGUGAGCGACGUGGUGAGCUCCUGCAGCAGGAUCUACCGCUCGCCGAAACAGUGCCGCAGCCGCUACGAGAACGUCAUCAUCCCCCGUGAGGAGGGCAAGUUAAUUUACGAAGCUAAUCCCAAGAAGAAGACCAAGAGCAUCUAUAAGACGAAGAACAGCCGUCCCCUGCGCACGUGUCAGAUCUACACCCAGGACGACAACGCCACCCAGAUCCAGCUCUACAACAACCGCUUCGAGCUCAUGAAGAUCAUCGCCAGCAAGAGGAGUCCUCCAAUAAAACCUCUGCUGGGUAUGAAUCCGUUCCAGAAGAACCCCAAGCAUGCUUCCGUCUUGGCUGAAAGUGGGAUCAGCUAUGAUAAACCCCUGCCUCCUAUCCAGGUGGCCUCUCAGAGAGCAGAGAGAAUCGCUAAAGAGAAGAAGGCUCUGGCAGAGCAGCAAAGGGCUCAGCAGUUAGCUCAGCAGCAGCAGGCAGCCGGUGCGGCCCCAGGGACGCCAGGGGCCACCGCUCAGCCACAAGCCCAGCCACAGGCCGCUACCACUGGGCUCCAGACCGCUGGAGUUCCUCAGGGCACCCAGCAAGGAGCUGCCACUGUCCCCAACACUGCUGUGCUGGCCGGAGCUAUCAAGACCGCCGCUGCUGGCACAGGCAUUCAGACAGCAGCUGCAGUGGGAGGAAACGUGAUCGUGAACACCGUAACCAGUGUUCCUGCAGGCCAGUUUCAGGGAAACAAGCGGCUCGCUUCUCCCGUCCUUACCGCAGCUAUACCUGCUGCAGGUGCUGCUACAGCUCAGGUGGUUCACGCCCAGCAGAGGGCUGUCGCUUCUGCCCCCGCAACCACCCCUGCUGAGGUCGUCGCCAUAGCAACUAACCAGGGUGUUCGUGCUGUUACCCCGGUGACCGCCUCGACUGUGGCUCAGGUGCAGUCACGCGCUCUCAUGGCUCAAGGGAUGCAGACGAAGCAGAUCGCCCAGGCUCAACUGCAGCUCCUCAGGCAGCCGCCGCCGCAGCAGCAGGCUGGUUCUCCUCAGAUCAAAACAGUGAACAAACCACAACAGAUGCAUAAGCAGAAGCUGCAGGUAGUGGCUGCUCAGGGCCAGCAGGCUGCCGUUACCCAGCAGCCCCAGCAGGUCCAGGCCGCUCCGACACCGCAGCCCAGCACGCAGCUCACCGCGGUGGCUGCUGUUACCAGAGCUGGAGCCGUGCUCACCGGGACCGCUGCCCCUAACCUGCAGGUGGCCAGACUGACGCGAGUCGCGGCUCCCGGCACCGUCCCGGCGCAGGCGGGUCAGACGGCCCAGGUGACUCUGACCAAACCUCCUCCAGUGGUGUCUGUGCCGGCUGUAGUGUCGUCCACCGGAGUCACCACCCUACCAGUGAACAUUGCCGGAUACAGCUUAGGACAGCCCCCAAAAGCAGUGGUAGGUCCGUACCAAGUUCAGCAGUUGUUGCAGCGGCAGAAGCAGCAGCAGGCAGCAGCGCAACAGAAAGCAGCGCAACCACAACAGACACAGGCUGGAGUGCAGCAGAAGUUGGCGACUCAGCAGGCGGUUCAGGUGGCGGGUCAGGGCCCGCAGAAGGUGACGUACGCGACCACGGCACAGCUGCAGCAUGGCAUUAAGCCCCAGUUCUUCACUUCUGUCUCGAUGCAGAAAUCUGCCACCACACCGCAGAUACAGGUCACUAAACUUCCUCAGAUAGUACAAUCGCAGAUAGUGUCCUCGCCCCAGCAGAUCCAGGUCCAGCCUCAGACGGUGACUCUGACCCAGGCGCCUGCCGCGGCCGGGUCGUCUCCUCAGGCUCCGAUGCCGGUGAACCCCGCAGGCUCCGCCCCUGCUACACAGGUUGUCCAUCAGAAACUCCUACAACAGCAGCAGCCACAACAGCAGUUGGUUACCGCGGCAGCUCCUGCCUCCUCCCCUCAGAUCCCAGUCCCAGCUCCUCAAAGCCCCGCCCAGCAGCAGAGCUCGGCGGUGACCCCUGCAGCCGACGCGUCGGUACAGCAGCCUGGAACGCCGCAGCCUCAACCGGGCAAAGGGAACGCACGCGCAGGAACCGCCAUGCGUGCCAAAACGCCCGCCAAACCCAGCGGAGGCAGCUAGACACACACACACACACAAAAUAUCUUCUCAGAGGUGUGUGUGAGUUCAUUCAGUAGACAUUCAUCGUGUGCGUUCCUGCCCAGUGUCGUCAUCAAUGUCUCGUUAAGCAAAACACCUCGGCAGAGACACUCUGGACAGGAGCACAACAGGCUUUUUAACUCUCUCUCUUUCUCUCUCUCUCUCACACACACACACACACACACACUCUCCACAGUGUGGAAGUUGUUUUACAGGACUCUUACGCUGUAAAAUGCUUGUUUCGUUUUUGUUUUUCUACCGUUCCCGCCUUUCUGUGUUUGUACACGCGUUAACGUUACACGUUUAAUAUCCUCGGAAGAACAUUCGAAAGAGUCCGUAAGUAUUUCCGUCAUGGGGUGAGCGCUUCGUUCUGGGUUGGGGUUUUUUUUUUUUUUUGGCGGUAAAUCGUCGCGAUCGUAGACGUCCUGACGAUUCUAGAGCGCCUGUAAAACUGUCAAACUGCGGCACAUCGCUGAUUGGAUGUCAGCCCGUAACAUUUAUACGUUUUCUCUAGGUCGAAUUCUCAAAGCUGAUUGGUUAGAAGGUUUAUUCCUUAUACAUUGCUCACCCCUAACACGUUAACGAUAACGAGCCGAUCCGAUGAAUCAGGUGUGUGUGUGUGUGUGAGCAGUUAAAAUAAAAGCCCCCAGGACUCCGUUUACGAUUUUAGAUAUCUCGUGUGUUUGUAGACUUCGUCCUGUUUAGUCGUGGCCGGUCGAGACUAGUCAUGUGUGAACAUCCUGUUCGGGAUGUAGAGUCCGGCUGUGUUUUUGGUAUCGGGAUUAACCAGCGAGCCGGGUUUAUUCGGAACAGAAGUCUUUAGAGCAGUAGAGGUGGGUGGAUGGAUGGAUGGAUGGAUGGAUGGAUGCUCCCGCUCAUCGUUGUUGUUUUUUUUUUUUUUGUAGUGAUUUGUACGGUAGACGUGUCGUAAACGUGAGAUUGCCGUGUUGUUUACUAGAGACGCACCAAUCCAAAGCCAGGAGUAUGAGAUCGCCCCAGGUAUCUCUACGGGGGUGAUUUUUAAAAAGCGCUGACACGAGAAAGAAAGGUUGCGACAUGGACGGAGGUUUAUUCAGUCCCACGCAGAGGUUCGGAGCAAACUUCAAGACAAAUGAAUCGUCAUGGAGGACCCCCGUCCACGUUGCAACCGUCCGUCUUUGCUCCAAAUUUGCUCUAGUAGCCAUUUCACAAACAACAACAACAAUCCUACAUGGUGUGUAAAGAGAAAUGCGAAAGCACGUUUCGGUUAGGUCCGUAUCGCAUAACGUUACGAUAAAAGCAACGGAGUUGGUGCGUCUCCGGUCGUCGCGUGUAUGUGUGUGUGUGUGUGUGUGUGAGGAUGUUAGAUUUAACCAGUCACUGGACGUUUCAUAAUAAACUGCUCAUAAUGUCUCCGAUCAGCAACAGACGGAACGCAAAUGAGGAUUUCUGUUUCGUUUUAUCAGCUGCACUGUAAAGUCGUGUUGGUGUAUCUGUAAUGUCCGGGACUUCCUUCAUCCUUCAUAUAUAUUCGUCUUUUUUGUUUUUGUUUCCGUUUUCUUUUCUUUUUUUUUAUUAUUAUUCAUUCUGAGGAACAAAUGUGUAAAUAACAGAAAGGAAGACAUUUGUAACUGUAAAGCAGUUGUGUUUUCAUUGGAUUUUUUUUUUUUUUUCCAACUCAAUAUAAAGCGUUGUUUUUAUACCAA